AUGAUGGGCAGCCGGGGUUGGCUUGUGAUCUGCAUGGUGCUGGCCAUGUUGGGGGUCAAGGCUGAGGGGAGAGAUGACUUGGUGGUGGCAUGGGGGCGUGAGGGGGUGUUGCUGCAGCUUGUGGCAAAAGUUGGGGAAGCGCUGUCGUACAAUGUCUCGUUUGGUUCGACACCCUGGCUGCUGGAUGCACCCAGUCGCGUGCACUGCACAUCGUGGUACACGACUGCUGCCGAGCCUAACCCGGGUGAGACCAAGCUUGAUCUCGUCACUGUCAAUCACGAACAUAUGUGUGUGCAUGUGUGUGUGUGUGUGUGUGUGUGUGUGUGUGUGUGUGUGUGUGUGGCAUUCGCUGCGGUGCCGUCCAGCCAUAGCUUUGACCUCGUCCUGCCUUUGGGCCUUGGCUUGGGUUUUGACUACGUUCGUAUGGGCGCUAGAUAUGAUGCCCCGUUGUGGGGCUCGGUUGAUCGCGCAACCAUGGGUUGGGCCGCCAAAGACGGUUUCACUUGGACCACCCACAUCGAGUACUUGCAAAAUGCCAACAGCUUUGUCUUUGUGCAAAAUUUCACCACGGACUGUUCUCAGAGCAACGUGUCACAGCCCAUGGAUCCUUCAGGCUCUACGCGCGAGUUUAACAGCAGUAGCCGCCCGCUCAGUGAAUUUCCGGCUUUCCGCAUUGUGGGUGACCACGCCGAAUACAACUCAACCGAUCCGCCUUGGUCGUUGGUGACUCCGUUUCUGGGGCAUGUGACCUGGCGUGGACGCUUUAGUCACGACAAGAGCACCCAUGGGCCCUCCAUUGAUCGGUUGAUUGGUGGCAGUGAGGGAGGCCCCAUUGUCCUGUUUGACACCACCUACCCUCGCCAAACCGAUGCGCUCGUGCUCAGCACCUGGAACGGUCAUGCGGAAGGUAUUUCUGCGUGGCGAGCUGACCAGAUCGCUUCUGAAGCUGCUUUUGCCAACAAUACUGAUUUUGAGGCCAACGAUCUCUGCGUGGGCAAUGAAUACGCCUGCAACUGCUACCUCAAAUAUAGUGCGGCUGGAGCUACUCCCACAACCGGACAUGUUUCUGGCAAGAUCGUCAAGAGCCUAGUUUACGGCAUUCAGGGUCGAGUCGAGCAUGUACCAGCCGGUCAUUCACAGGCCUUUGUAUUGGUACCCAGCCCUGCAAGUGGUCUGAAUGAGGGAAUGCAUCGCUGGGGUCAGGUGUUGCAACAACAACACCAGACUGCAAAAGCCACGGGUAAAGAUCCCGUCGAUCAGCUGUUGGGAUACUGGACAGACAACGGCGGCUUCUACUACGGCGGUAAUCCGUUGAACCAGUCGCUUGCGGUUGAGCUGGUCGAAUAUCUGCGGCACGAGCAAAUUCCAGCCCGCUACUUGCAACUUGAUCCCUACUGGUAUCCGGUUGAGGGUUAUCCCUGUGCAAUGGGAGCUCUGAACUGGACGGCAAAUCCUACCCAUUUUCCCAAUGGCAUGCAGCCUGUGCGCGAUGCCGGUCUUCCCCUGCUUCUCUACGCAUCCUUCUAUUGCCCCGCAACUCAAAAGUACUACCCCGGCUUUAACUUUAGCGUGAGCGAGUACAUCCACACUUUCACACAAGGCUACAUUGCUCAGAUUGCCCCCGAACAAGCCUUUGCUUUCUUUAAUAGCACCAUCGCCCCCUUCGCUACGGCCGGGAUCAUGAAUGCAUUUGAGGUCGAUUUCAUGGACUUUAAUUACUUGACCAUGGACCAAUUUACCCAUCAUAUUGGCGCAUACGACCAGUGGGCGCGUGGCAUGAAUGAUGCGGUUUUGGCCAACAACAUGACUGUCCAGAUAACUUCCCAACCAAUGAGAAUCGCUGGCGCAUCGGAUAUACCAGCAUGUUUUAUGCUGCAGUUGGACUUGGGCGAGCAGCCGGGUAACGUCUAUAAUGUGUCUCGAGACAACAUUGAGCUACAGCUGAUCAUUGCCACCAUGUCCAACGGGCCUCUCGGGAUCGGAGACGGCAUCGGCUACACGGACACCAGCUUGAUCCCGCACUUUGCACGAGCGGAUGGUGUGCUGCUGCAUCCAUCCCAUGCGGCUACCCCACUGGAUAUGAUGUUUUACCGAGCAACUGAACCCAACGAUCAAGCACGCCCACAGCAGAAGCAAGCGCAUCGCCCAGCAGCCACGCGCAGUGUGGGUCGAGUGGGCAGCAACUCGGAGCCCAGUGACGUGUUUCAGGCCCAUGUGCGCCUGACGGUGGACGGUCGGGCGAGCACCAUGGCCUAUACGAUACUCGCGGUCUCCUUAAGUGAGCCCUUGGAGCUCGCCUUUGAAGGUAUGCGCUGUCGCGUGCCAAUGGUCGGUCAUGACACCGGCUCAGGUCUGCUGUUUAUCUGA